AAAGGCUUGUAGUAACAACACAAAAAAUCGUGAUAUAUGAAACAGAUCGAACAGUAUGAGGACCAACAUAAAACCAGUUGUGCCAACGAUCCCUGUCUAAAUCCGUUGGCAGAGUGUGCGGAUAUCCGUGAGAUAGAGCGAACCUGCUGCGAGUGGUUUGUCCGUAUGGCCAUAAACCAAUCCCUGUUCGAACGUGUGCGACCACACAGGGAUAUUCGUUUGAAGUGAUAUCGCGCAUCAUGUUUGUACAUUAUCGAAAUGCGUUCAGGAACUAUGAACUGUAAAACGAAUGGAUAGAAAGCAGUCGCGUAGUGUACAGUUUCCACCAGCUAUCGAGUGACGCAAAAAGAAAGGUUUUCAUCAGUAAGACCAGCAAAGGAUGUCUGUCUAGUGUUUCUCAUCUCAUGUGCCGUGUUAUGGGCGUUCCGAACAGCGAAUGCACAUCUUGCCAAGCCACAGGAUAAGGCGAACCACACGAAUCGUACGGUGCGUGCCAUUAAAGCAGCCAGCAAUUUCAAAAGAAAAAAAAAACGUUGUGCAAUGAAAAUGUGUUCCAUAAAGGUGGGAAAUUGUGUGCAAAUGGGUUGCCGUAUCGGUAUCAAACUGGAUGUGUGUUUAAACAGCGUAAAGUGAACGGAUAAAUAUGGGCUUGUGUGACGUGGUGUUCAUGAUGCAGAUGAUAAUGAUGGUGGCAGUGUUUUAAAGCUCGUUUUUCCAUCCAAAAGCCCAUUGGAACCGUUUGUUUCAAGUGUAAACAAAAACAGCUUCUUUUAAACCGCCUUAUCGUAGUGCCAAUGCCGGUUGGAAAUGUUUCAUACUAUCACAGAAGAAAGUAUUCUCCUCAGGCUCCACCGGAUCACCAGUCACGAAUAUUUUUGGGAGCACACGGUGCCACUAGUGAACGAAGCCGCUCGAAUGGAAACAUCGCAGUCAGUGUGAAUAGCAGUAGUGUGGCCUCGUUGGCCGAUGCAGCGAACGCCAAUUUGUCGAGCGUGUCCAAGGGUGUCGAAAUCGAAUCGAGUUCCGUGCCAAAACGUAUCGAUAGUCCUGAUGGUGGUGGUGGUGCCGGCACUACCACAGGUUCCAACUGCUCUUCUGUCCGUGCGUCAACGGUUGAUGACGGGUGUGGCACAGUUGUCGGAGCGCAACAGGUGUUGACGGGUCCGGCGUGUGUCAGUGAAAGUGCCAUCGGAUACGAGCUCCAGCGGGGUAUUGCGGUUAGUACCGUUGGAUGCAGCAGCGGGUGCAAUAUUAGUGGCAGCGUAAAUAGCGCUAACAUUAGUGGCAACGGUCAGCAACUGCGUGUGCAAUCGUCAAGUGUUGGAAGUAAUAGUAGUAGCAGUGGUGGUAGUAGUACCAGCAGUAACAAGGAUCUAACGAACGGACUGUUACUACUGUCACCGGGUGUGGUAACGGCUGGCGCAACGACUUCGACAACGAUACGUACAGGACCGUUACAAUCAGCCAAGUCGUCCUCUCUAGCUGUAGUGAGUCUGUCUUCUGCAUCAACACUGCCAUCUGCCGAUAGUGCAGUUCCGGGGACAAGUAAUUCCAACCAGCGUUCUUCUGCAUUUACUUACACCCAUUUUAACAAUGAAGAGCAACGAUCGCAACAUACAUCAGGACCAUCAUCAUCGUGCACAAAUUCCAGUAACUAUCAGCUAGGCUCGGGAAACGGUAAUGAAUCACAGCACCAUCACGCCAAUUCCUCAACGACGACAACUAUCAACAAUACGGCGUCGAAGCAACACCAGCAUCUGUACAACAAACAGUCCCAACAACCGCAGCAACAACAGAAGCAACAACAAUCAACGUCAAGUUUAGCGACCGGUCAUAAUCUUCUGCCGGGUAGCACAAGUUAUCCUUCCUCGGUUGCUUCCACUGCUGGGCUGUGGUCGGAGGACAACCCAUUCAGCACAGUUAAACCCCAACAGCAGCUACCCCCACACUCGAGCGGUGUGAACGUAAACGUGACUGUGAACGUUGUGGCACGAUCCGUAACCGCGAGCACCAUGACGACAACAACGGCAACGACGACCAGCACAACGACCCUGGCACCCCCGCGACCGAUGCAGAAGGUGAUCCCGACGGUGGUCUACCUGAUGUCGCGGAUCGCUGUACAUAUGGAGAUCGAGGGCACGGCACAGUGCCCGGCGCAGGUCAUGCUUGCCGCCGCCCUUGGCUGUGAAGAACUAGGUAUUACGAACAAAUUGCUGGCCCAGAGCGUGUUCGGCCUGUGGAUGACCAGUCCACUGCUGGAGGUGCAGCUGAAGCCCCAUCAUCGGCCGUAUGCGGUGCGCGUUGCCUGGUCGAAACUGCUCGACAAGCACAGCCACGGGAACGAGCUGGAGAAGCUGUCCGAUGAACCGAUGACGACGCUACGAAGAAACGUAUUCUUCUCCCGGCGAGAUGAGGAAAAGAUUAAAGAUCCCCGGAUAUUGGAGCUGCUGUACGAAGAGGCCAGACAUAACGUGCUGCUCGGCCGGUACGUGAUGGAACCGUCGCAAUCGAUCAUGCUCGGUGGCAUCCAGGCCCGGAUAGAGUUGGGCCCGUACAACUCGCACACACACACUACCAGCUACUUCCGGGAAAAUCAAUUCCGCUUCCUACCGGCACACGUGGCAAAGAGUUCGAGCUGGUCCUGGCUACCGAUCAGUCAGCGAUCGUCUGCCGAGGUGCGGCUGUUGGAACAGUUCAAGCGUGUUCCGACGACGGCCACGACCAAGAAGCUGAUGCGGAAGUAUCUUGAGUUUUGCUGGGGUCUUCCAUUCUAUGGUGCGGCCUACUUCCAUGGACAAGUCGAGCAACCGGUACGUGGUCUUAUGAGUUUGAUGCAGCAAAAGGAUCUGCCCGUCCUGAUAGCGGUCAACGAACGGGGGAUUUUCGUCAUAGAUCAGAUCGAAUGUACGCUACUUCUGGGGCUCAAGUACGAAGAGUUCUCGUGGGAGUACGCCAAACCGAGCAAUGUCAACGAUCCCGAAUGUUUGCCGUGCAUCUUUCUACAGUUCGGCGCAGUAGAGAACGGUAUUGCGGCAACGAAGCUGAUGCAAAUCUUUUCCCGCCAGGCCGCCAUGGUGGACGCCUUAAUUACGCACUUUGUCGAGCAGGACAAGCGGCGGAAGGAGAGUGGAGCUGAAGCCGAUCAGGCUGCCGGUGGACUGGCGGAUAACACCUAUGUGGAACCAAACCCAAUCAAAAACAAUGGUAUCGGUGUGCUGAGCAACAAGUUCGCCCGCCUAACGCUGGCCACGUUCGACGAUGAAGGGCGCUGCAUUGGCCAGACGGGUUCGUUAUCGAUAAGCUAUUAACAUUUAAUUCUCAUUUAAGUUUGGCAUCACGGAACGGAAUGAACGGGCGUAGGGUAGAACCGGCCGUACCCCACGUAAAGGGUACGCUUACCGGUCGGAGGUGAUUUAGGUGCAAGAAACCGGCUGCAAAGCACAAGAAGGUGAAUCUCCAGAUGCGAUUGAUGAUAAAGACCGAUUUCGCAAAUGAACUUACGCACGUAAAAAAGGGCCCAACCGGGUUGAAUGCCCGUGGCGGAAUGAAAGUGGAUGUAAAGGGUGUAGGGAACCGAGGAAAAGGGGUACAAGACACAGUAAACGAAGCGCAGUUCCGAUGGUGUACUUUCCGUUUUUUGAAGCCAGGACACGAGCUCUCCGUCAUCACAACGGCCAUUGUACAUUACUAGCACCACUUCCAUUCUUUCGUUUUUAGUAUCUCUCCCCGUUCUUAGUCAGUAGUCAAAGAGAGAUAGGGAGAGAAAGAUGAAGAAGCGAGAAAGAGAGAGAAAAAGAAAAAAUAAAGGAACUAGAUAUUUAGAAGUUACGUCGUAUGCAACAGUGGAAAUGCAUGGUGGAAAAUCGAAUUUACUUGUAAAUAGUGCGCUGAUGGAGGUACGAUACACUCGGUCAGCGGUCAACGUUCAUGCCCGUGGUGCGUGUGAAAUGAAGGCACGAAGGGUUACCGCCCGUUCUUCUUCGACUGACAUUCACCUUCCACGUAACGCGUAGAUAAUAAUGGAACAAAAAUGCCGAGAGUAGAGGUAAAAGUCCCGUAAGCAAGACUUUUCUCCCAAGACAGCAAAAACAGCAAAACAAAAAAAAACGGUAACAGUAUCACACAACCAAUACACAAUGUAAUGUUAGCUAAAACAAAUAAUAAAAAAAGGUAAAUAAAAACGAUACAGUUACAGUUUAUCCUUGUACAGUGAAAGUGAGAGAAGGCAACGGAACAGAAACAAAUGGAUUAUCGUAACAAAAGGUCGUCAAACGGUGUAAUAAUAUUACAACAAACAAUGGAAAUUUCAGGAUAUAGGACACAAGCAGAAAGGAAGAGGUAGCGGCAAUGCAGAAAGAGAGAAAGUGAAAGAGAAUAAUUUUGUACUUCUUUAAUUUAAUUAUACCCAAGGGAGUAUAUAUAUAUACAUAUAUAUGUAUACACAUACAUACCUAUACAGUGCAUAUACAUUUAAUCUAUAUAUUUAGAUAUUUUGUACCACACAGUGAAGGAAUCCUUUAACGGAUAAAAAAAAGUAAUCAAUUGGGCAAGUGACACUCGAAGGAAACAAAAGAUGGCACCAGGAGUAUAAAGGGAAGGUAAUCAUGUGGUUGAGAGAAUGGGAGGAGGAAAAAAAAUCAAUCAUGCUUAGAAUCGCGGAGCAGAAUGUGGAGCAAUGUAAAGCGAUCGUAAAAUAUGAGGAAAAAAAACAACAACAACUAAACAGCACUGUAAUAAAGAGAAAACCUAACUCGAUAGUAUUUAGAGGACAUAGAAGAAGAAGGAGAGAAACAAAAAAAAAACAA